AUGCCUGACAAGCGAAAGAGCGACCUCGCGCCUCCCUCCCCUAAACGUGCCAAAAUGUCUUAUGAUGAGGAUGGGGGCGAGGACCAGUCCUCGCCCUCGCAUCACGAGCGCCCCCGCAAUGAUCCUACGUAUGGCCAAAAGAACGCAUUCCCGGGCUUGGAUGACGGAGGUGAUGAGCUAUUUUACGGGCCCGCCGAGGAUGGAUUAGAAUAUCUGCGCAUGGUCCGAUCCGAAGCCAACUCCCUCCCAUCGCUAUUCUUCAAGCCUACUCCAACGGCGAAUCCUCCUAAACCAACAUCAGAUGAGCAGCAAUAUGCGAAGACGGUCGGAAAAACCAAGUCGUACCCGAGAGGCGGCUUUUACGCCGAUGAGGCUUACAUCGCCCCCGCGGAGGACAUGGACCAAAGUGCGGCCGCGCAUUCCUCCUCGAAAAUCGACCAACUCUACCCUGAUGCACAAAUAUCUUAUUACACUCUUCUUCGGCAUCGAUUCUUACUCUUGCGGUCGACCCUCCGAUGCAGCCCGCCUGCCGAGGCUAUCAGUGCCCUUGACCAUGCCCACCCUAUUAGCCUCCCCCGAAAUGCCUUGUCGGCGCACAAGGAGUGGCGCCGUCUGUUACUCGCAGUCGACCCACAAAUGGUGCAGCUGGCGUGCAUGGACACGGAUAGUGUACUGGAAGUGCUAGAAUUACUGGCGCGGAUGAUGUCCGAUGUUGUCCGAAGUGAAGACACCGAACGCGUGCGGCGCAUCGGGGCCUGGGCAUGGGGUCUACUGGGAAAGAGCCGUGAGGUUGGAGAGUUGGCCACCGAGGAUGUGGGUACCAUUCGAAAUCUAGGAAAACGAGCUGCGACGAUCCUACGAAAGAUACAAGAGACGGAGAACAACCGAUUCCAAGAGGAAGAGGAUUCUGAAUCGCCCGUGUCCGAUCUGGAGGAGAUGGACCAGCUAGACAUGAAAGACAAGCAUGUUGAUGAGAUCAAGGAGGAAAGAUUGCCUGUGACCGCGGAAGCACGAGACUCCAGCGUGCUUGAUACGUCAGAGCAGUCUCAAUUGAAGGCUGCCAAGGCGCGCCUGCAAGCUCAAAUUCAGGACCAUGCCGACAUAAGUGACCCUACUGAAUCGGAUAAUGAGGACUUGUUGAAACAGACUCGCGCUCUGCUGGACAUGGUGAUUACCGUUGUGGGUGAGUUCUAUGGCCAACGGGAUCUGUUGGAGGCACGCGAGAUUUGGGCUAAGGAAUGA